ACGUAGGCCGGGCAGGGGGUGGUGGCUGAAGGAAGAGGGGGCAGUCAUUUCUGAGAAAAGUGGAGGGAAAUUUCCGGAGAACACCAGCCAAGUCAACAAACUUUUAUUAAACAUUUAAAAUAGGCAUCUUUCCUCAACAAGGAAAAAGACAAUCCCAGCCUUUAAGGAAUUUCUGUUCUAAUGGGGAUGGUAACUCAUUAAAAAAAAAGCUUGAAAGGGAGUAGGAAAAUUAUGCCCACGUGAGAGAGAAGUGGAAGAAAAUCCCGAGACCUACAGGGAGUCUAGAGAGAAAGGAAGAACGAACGCAGAGAACAUGAGUAGGAAACUCUUAAACCUUGCUGGUGACAGCACCGUACCUUUGGACAAUUUCCUUUCUUAAUUCUCAACUUUCUUAUUAGUAAUAUGAAAAGUUCCAGCUCCAAAUCCGAUCUUUCCUAAAUAACCUUUCUUCCUCCGGGAGGCGGGUCCGCUCCGAGGCUCGUGGUUGGAGUUCCGGAAGGAGGCUUCCCAUUCACUGACCUGAUGAUUCCGGGCCUCUGCCCUAAUUUGGGCAAGAGGAAGUAGAGCCUGCACCGGGGAACGGUCCCCGGGCCGCCGGACGUCACGGUUACCUAAUAUAGUCAUGGAAACGAGAACUAGUGGCGGGAAUGCACGAAAGCAUCGCAAGAGGCGGGGCCUUCCUCUUAAAGGGGCCGGACUUAGGGAAGUUGGGAGUACGGUUGAAACGCCUUCCUUUUUCCUUAAGUUACUCGCAGUCUUUCCUUUUAGUGAAGCAGAUAUCAUGAGACGUCACGGGCGUGGAAAACAGGAGUGAAUCUGUGCCAUAUCACGUUUAAUGUUUGUAUCUAGUUCACUGUCCCCUUCCCCAUCCUUUCCCCUCAGCCUCGAAGCGAGCGGGGGCUUACCUAGCUUUUAGGAAUUGCGAAUGUUGUAAGGCAGACACCGGCCUUUUCCCGAUGCUUAGACAAAAACUGACCGCUUUGCCCAAGGUGCAAAUGGGGAGCUUGUCUCGGCCCCACGAUGGAACCGAGGUAUGCCCUGGAAGGAUUGAAGUUCUUUCGAGCGGUCUGUCUCCGAGCCGUUGACUGCAAAUAAAGGUUGACUUGAGAUAUCCCACAACACGCGCUUGAGUGGCUCUUCCCUCCCUCUAGCUCACUUCGAGCUUAGGAACAAUACGCGCCCAACUGCGGGAACCAGAAGGAAAUUCUUCGGAGAAUGGGGAAGAGGAGUUUCUCCCCACCCCCAACUCUGUCCAGUCCAGUCUCUUUCAGCCUUCUUCCCCUCCCCCACUCUCCCUAGAGCUUUGAAUUAGGUCUGGCAUUUCCGUCCUGUGGCUUUAAAGGCCCUCCGGUGGCGGGUCGAAAAGCCGGGAUACGGCUUUCUGAUUGGGUGGGGCGGCUCCUCGGUGACGCAACUAGAGAUAUAAAGAGCUCGGUUUCGGGCCGGGUUUGCCUCAUUUGUGUAAACCGUUUCGACCUUGUUCCUGAGUUUAGGGAAGAAUUUGUCUCCAGUUUGAGGUGGGCGAUUGGGGGGGUGAAGACAAACGGAGAAGAGGGCGUGAUCACUCGUUGCCCACGUCUCUUACAGGCCUUUGCCCAAGAGUCGUCCCCCGGCCCGACCUCUAAACGACCCUCCCUUUUCUCUUGUGUUGCUGCGUCCCGGCCCCGGCAUGGAAGCACAGAAGGAAGCGCAGCGUAUUAUGACCAUGUCGGUGUGGAAGAUGUACCAUUCACGCAUGCAGCGCGGCGGCUUGAGGUUGCACCGGAGCCUUCAGCUAUCGCUGGUCAUGCGGAGCGCCAGGGAGCUCUACCUCUCCGCCAAGGUAGAAACAGACGAGGCGGAACUAGCCUUCCCUGCCGCUGCCCUGGCCCCCGCCUCGAGCCUGCCCCAGCCCAUGACCGUAGCCGAGGCCGAAGCGGACUCUCCGCCUAGGGCUGAAGAGACGAUCCCGGCCCCAGAGCCCAUGGAGACGCAGGAAGCUCGGGAAACCGAGUCGGCGCCCGCCUGCAGCCACCUGCCUCCAGUGCCUCAGCGCUCGUUGAAAGCCAACCGCAAGCGCCGGAGCAGUACCUUGGGCCAGGGUGGGGAAGCCGGGCUGGUCCCCAGCAAGAAAGCUAGGUUGGAGGAAGAAACGGCGCCGGCUGAAGGGAAGGCUGAGGUCGAGGCUGAGGACUUGGAGAAGCGGCAGUCUCAGGUGGAGGAGGGCCCCUUCCCCAGUUUGGCCCGAGUUUUACAAAAGCGCUUCUCCGGCAUCCUGAGUAACACCGGGGGGCCACCAAAGCCCACUGCCCCUCCUCCCUCCUGUGAACUCAAGCCGGGGUGCCGCCAGGCAGAUAACAUGAUAAACAUCUUGGUGCGGACGGUGGUGGCUUUCUAACACAAGCCUUGGACUCCGGACUGUGACCGUACCUUUAGCUGGCCCGAGCUAAGUCGAGGCCGCUGUCCAGCCCUGAGCGACUGGGGGGGGCCUUAGGCUCUGGUCUGUUCACCUCCCGGAGAGGGAAGACUGACCUCGCUCCUGUCCUUCCCCAGGCGCUGGUGACGGCUUUGGUGGCAGAGGGGAGUGGUGGUGGGGGAACAAGAGAGCAGCUGCUGAUCUGGAGAAUCUGCUCCAUAACGCUGCUAAGAGGCUGGUCCGAGAGAAGAUGGGACGCUAUUUCUGACCUCGGGAGUAGUCACCCUCCAGGCUGAGGUGGAAGGGACCGCGACUCGGAUUGAAUGCGGGUGAAACCAGCCAGCACUCAUCCAGACUUCAGAGACUCACGGGGGGACCCUGGUGGUCUUCCCUUUAAGAGAUCUGCCUCAGACCUUUCUAUAGGAAAGAGACACACACACAUAUAUAUAUAUGAUGGUGCUAUUGACAUGACUUGGUUAUUUCCUCUUCCCUAACUUAAUGCUUGUUUUUGGCCGCCAGUGGAGGCGGUGGUGGGAGCAGCAAGUGCUGGAUAUGAGGGCGUUUGCUGGGGUGGGAGGUGAGGUGGGGGAGGCUGGGUAGAAUCUCCUUUCUCAGGGUUGAAAGUUUUUUAAAUUGGGGGCGGUACUUCUGUCCCAUUAAAGCUUUUUAUAUAAAAUUCA